UGGAAAGUAAAAUGCUUAUUUUAAAUUAGGCACAAAGCCAGUUUUUAUUGGAGAAGGAAUGUAUUCAACUGUUCAGCGCAGUAUAUGACUGGUAUUAUCGAAUCUCGGCUGGAUUUGAAAUAAGAAAGUAACAGGAUGAAUCGAAAUAUGCGGGACUACACAUUUCAAUCAUGGAGGAAGACCACGCAUACGACACGCUUAGCUCCGGCUCUGAGAGUGGUGUGAUGGAUGACUCAGAUAUUGCCAAUCCAGAACCUGAUACACUGACCUAUACACAAUCUCCAUCCAAAGUUCCAAAGAGCCCAGCAAGGACUCUCUCCAAACGUGUGCGUACAGUAAGUACUUCUUCAACCAGUGACCGAGUGGUACAGACAGCGACUCGUACACUUUACACUGCUGGUCGACCACCAUGGUAUAACUCACAAGGACAACUGAAAGAAGCGUUUGUUAUUGGGUUGUGUGGUGGUAGUGCUUGUGGAAAAACUACUGUUGCUAAUAAAAUCAUUGAAGCAUUGAAAGUUCCAUGGGUCAGCGUGCUUAGCAUGGAUUCAUUCUAUAAGGUUUUAAAUGAAGAAGAAAUUGCCCUGGCUGCCAACAAUGAAUACAAUUUUGACCAUCCUGAUGCCUUUGACUUCGAUUUACUUUUCCAAACAUUGAAGAGGUUAAAGAAAGGCAAAAUAGUUGAGGUUCCAGUUUACAACUUCACCACUCAUGCCAGAGAAAAACAAACAAAAACUCUGUAUGGUGCCAAUGUAGUGGUGUUUGAAGGGAUCCUGGCAUUUGUAAAUAAGAAAAUUCGGGAUUUACUGGACAUGAAAAUAUUUGUAGAUACUGAUUCUGAUGAAUGUCUUGCCAGACGCCUAAGAAGGGAUAUUGCUGAACGAGGACGAGAUCUUCAUGGCAUUCUGAAGAUGUACAACAAAUUUGUGAAACCUUCCUUUGAUUAUUACAUCGCUCCAACCAUGAGUUAUGCUGACAUUAUUGUUCCACAUGGUGGUCAGAAUAAUGUUGCCAUCAAUCUGAUUGUUCUUCAUGUUCAUAAAGAACUACAGAAGCAUGGGUUUAAACUGAGGUCAAAGUUAGCAACUUCAGCUAUGGCAGGUCAACCAAUGCCAGACAAUCUUCAUGUUCUAGAAAUGUCACCCCAAGUCCAAGGUCUUCAUACAUUUAUUAGAAACUGCUACACACCCAGGAGCGAGUUCAUCUUCUAUUCCAAACGCUUGCUAAGAAUGCUUUUUGAGCUUGCCUUAUCCAUGUUGCCUUUUAGGACGACAACUGUUGAAACUGCUCAGAGCAUUCUUUAUGAAGGCAAAAGACUCGACACAAAAAAGAUAUGUGGAGUUUCAAUUUUGCGUGCAGGCGAGACUAUGGAAUCAGCUCUUGGAGAAGUUUGCAAAGAUGUUGUGAUUGGAAAGAUUUUGAUACAGACCAACUUUGACACAGGAGAACCUGAACUCCAUUACCAACGUCUGCCUCGAGACAUCCAAGACUGCCAUGUCAUGUUAAUGGAUGCCACUGUUGCAACUGGUGCUGCUGCUAUGAUGGCCAUCCGAGUGUUGUUGGAUCAUGAUGUGCCAGAAGAAAACAUAACACUGCUGUCUUUGUUGAUGGCUGUUUCAGGUGUUCAUUCCAUUGCAUAUGCAUUCCCCAAGGUGAAAAUAGUGACAACAGCUGUUGAUAAAGAAGUUAAUGAAAAGUUCCACAUAUUACCAGGUCUUGGUAAUUUUGGUGAUCGAUAUUUUGGUACCAGCAGUUCAGCUAUGGUUGUUGCUUAAUCUACAAUUAUAACUUCAGAAAAAAAAAUUUGUAUGGCAGUAUAUUUUCGUUGGUGCUACAUUUUGGUUGGUACCAUGCUUUGGUGCAAUGCAAAUCCUUCGACGGAUUUUCUAUUUUCCAUAAGAAUUUGACAAUUUAUGUUAUUGUAUCAAGAAAAAUUAUACAAUAUAGAACUGCAUGAUGCAUGUCAAAUAAAAACAGAAUGAUUAUGUAACGUAUGUGUGGGUGUGCAUUGUAAUGUGUGUGUGUGUGUGUGUGUAUAUAUAUAUAUAUAUAUAAAAAGUGAAUGUGUGUGUGUUCAUCUGACCAGUGUAAUAAACUGUUACUAUCUUGCUUCUCGCACAAAAACUGUACAUAUUUGCCAGGGUUUAAGAGCUAUUCUUCAAAAUAACCUAUUACUGGAAAUGUUAUUUAGGGCACUAUUGUAUAACCAAAAGUCUAUUUGUCAUCAAGAUGGCAAGUAUAUUAAGACCUGUUUCUGACUUCUGACCCAUUCCUCAGUUUUGUAUCUUAAAAAAAAUAUCCAUUUUCUUUAUAACUAAAAACUAUACAGGUAAUAUAUAUAUAUAAAUAUAUAUAAAAUUUUACCCAGCACGGCUGUAAAUUAUUAACCAAAGAAUGUUUAUUGCUCUGAAAUUUAGUCAAAGCCAAUUCUGUUUUGUUUAUGUACUCCUAAGUACUCCAAGAAAGGCAUAAAUGUUACACAAUCUCAUUUCUAUCUCCUCUAAAUGUGUGGCCCUUUGACCAAAAUAAGAAGUUGUCCAGUUUUGGAUUGUUUGUAAAUAUUUUUGUGAGAAGAAAGAUCUUGUUUUGAUCAUCAACUAUUAAAUUAUAUACAUUUAAUAUAUUGGAAAUUAUAUUGCACAUAAUAAAUAGGGAAUUAUCCACAGCUAAUAUAUAUAUAUAUGGAAUUGUAUACAGGUAAUAUAUAAGGGAAUUAUAUACAUGUCAAAUGUAGUAUGUUAUGUAAACAUCAUUUAUGUAUUGAGGGAAUUCAUGCAAUUGUAUGUUCUGUCACAAAGAUGUUGUUGGAGGUGAGUGAUCACAGUGAAACUUUUGUUUAUCUCAGGGCAGCAGAGAAUCUCUUUUUUAUAGACUUUGAUUUGAGGCAUAUUGUAUUGUAGCCAAAUUACAAAUGUAUUUCCUUAAAGCUCUCCUUACUUGCUGUUGUUGCAUUAAAGAUUUUGUCGAUUGUUAGCAUUGAUAGUUGCAGUUCUGAUAGCAGUUACGGGAUUCCUGAUAUUUUACAUUUUUACAAUAGUUGGAAGUAAGUUCAACAUUGCAAGACAACACGAGUUCAGGAUGUCUGUGAGUUCUUUCAAUUCCAUCAUCUUUCAGUUAAUCUUCAGACAGUAUUUCCAUUAUUUGUAUUUCUAUACUGUUAACAUUGAACAAUAACUUGAGUUGAUCUGAAGGAGUUUCGAAGUUAAUUCCAAAAAGGGAGAUGUUUGUUUAAUUCAAGACUUCCUAUUUUUUCUCUUUUAAGUUCAGCUUUGUAGGUGUUACCUCUAAUUAGCCAAUGAGUUGUGGAUAAGUUCUGCAACUGACAAUCAUCAUCAUAGUUAUCACUUUAUGUCCAAUUUUCCAUACUGGCAUGGGUUAGAGAAGUAUUCAUAUGCUGGAGACCCUUCUUUGCGCCAACUCUUGUAGUCAUCUCUAUAUUGCGGGACAUAUUGUACAACUGAGAUACACCAUUACAAUUAAACUCAUACUGCUCAGGAUAUUCUUCUUCUAUCAGUGUAUAAAUAUUUUAUAUAUUUUGAGCAUUAAUUUAUUAAUUUGACUUCUGGGUUGUGAGUCACGUCCUUAUGUAAUAACUUCAUUGCUCCACAUUAAACAAUGUAUGUGUGUAUACACACACACACACACACACACACACACACACAUGAUGGCUAUCCACUUGUGACCAAAGAAGACCACCAUUGACCAUUAAGAAAACUGUGCACACAGACAGAAUUAUACUUUACAUAUGCAGUUUUGCUGGUGACUAAUAUACUUUACAUAUGCAGUUUUGCUGGUGAUUAAUGAUCCCAGCUCUUGAUAGACAUAUAGACCUGUGAUCAUGUUCAGGUUUUUGUCAUGAAAUUGGAAUACAAAACUUCCCCCAUCCACUUCACUGGUGGUGUAUUUUCAAUCAGUUCGCCUAAGUUCAGCAUGCAAAGUGUGUGUUUGUUCAAAAAUUUCUACUCUUUCCUCUACUCAUUUCCUCUGUUGGUAGCAAUGAUAAGCAUUACUUCCCUAAUUGACCUACCUAUAUUUUACAUGCCUUCAAUGAGGACUUUAUACAAUCCUUAAACCUUAGGCUUGGUUUCUGCUGGGAGUGUUUUCCACAAACAAGUUCACUUAUAGCAUUUGCCUAGGGAUCCUCUGAUCACUCAUUUGAACAAAAUGUCCAGUCCAGUGUAAUUGAUGUCUGAGCAUCAUCAUCUCGAUGUUCAGGCUGUCAACUCCCCUGAAGAGCUCUGUGUCUGGAGACCACAUGAACCAGCCAAUGUUAAGAAAUGUGUCUCAGACAUCUCUGAUGGAAGCAUUCAAGGACCCUUACAUGAUACCUGUAAAGGGUUUGUGUCUCACAAGAGUAGUGAUGUCAGCACACAUACAUGAUACACAACAACUAUUGUUUGCCUUGUGAUUCUAUGUUGGUACCAAACACGAGACUCGAGAGCCCUGAAGAAAUCAGUUGCCUUCUGAAACCUUAAAGAUAUUUCAUCAUCCUAGGAGCAAUAAUGUCUGAGUGUGCUGUCCAUGUACACUUGUCUACCACUUUCAGUAUUGUUUCUUCAACGAAGAUAAAUGGUCUCACUUAUGACUUUUUUGGUGCAGGUUGGAACAUUACGACAGUCUUGUCUGAGGUAAUACUGAAUCCAAAUGCCUUUCAAGAUGCAGAAAUAUGAUCUAUGAGAAUUUGCAUAUCUUUAGCUGUAUGGGCAACUAAUUUGCAAUCAUCUGCAUAAAGGUCAUGAAUAAGAGACUGAAAACCUUUCAAAUAGGCAGUAAAUUGAUGCAAGUUGAAGAGAUGAUUAGAAAUUCAGUGCCUCACAUAUAUCUUAGAGGAGCAAUCCACAGCAAAAGCAUGACUGAGAGUAGCAGCAAAAUACAAAGGAAAAGAGAGUUGGGGCAAAUAUAUAUAUAUAUAUAUAUAUAUAUAUAUAGUAAAGAGUUUUGUUGAAGAGAUUUUUCCCCACGUGGUGAGUUGUCAGAAAAAUUAUAACAAAAGAAGGAAAAUGCACACAAUUUAUAUAUAUUUUUUAUAUAUUUUAUAAGAUAGAAUAUUUAUAUAGUCUACUAGUUUCAUGUUUUGCUAAUCACAACUGGAAAUUUGGUGAAAACAUUGCAAAUUCAUAGUAUCUUAAGACGUUUUUAGUUCAUGUUGUUUGCAUGAGAGUCUUUGUAAAUGAACCAGAAUGUAAAUAAAUCUAUGAGAAGGUAAUUGGUGAUGUUAAUUAUUGAAGACAGGGGUGGUAAUUGCACUUUUUGCAGUGUACAUUUUUGGGAGGUUAAAUUUACAGUGAUUAUAUUAUGAAGUUAUAAAUUGAUGAAUUGAAAUAAUGAAAUAAAAUAUAUACAAAGUU